CACCGUGAAAAAGAACUGCUGGCUGGAAACAUGAUGGGAAAAACGCAAUUGUGACGUCACGGAAAACGCUCUCCACGCGUUGCUGUCUGCUCCCGUGCGCUUAUUGGUUAGAGCGGCAUGUGCAAGGAUAGCCACGCCCAGCUGGAAAAACUGUACUUUUCCCCUUAACGGCAGAGGGUUCCUUUGCUGUUGGAAGCUGUUGGGGUGAAACAAUAUCCUUGCGCACCGGAGAGCUCGAGGCGUACGAACACGUGCCACCACGUGCAGUAGAAAGAGAUCGACCCGCAAAAAGGAUACGACUCAGCGUGUGUUUGUGCUCUCGCGCCGCAAGUCUGCCACGGGAAGGAAAAGGACGAACGUGUGCGGUUGGUUGUUGGACCCUCUGCUCUGUUUGCGCCGUCUGCGGCAGGUUGCGUACGGCACGGGUGCGUGUGACAUGUGUUGUUUCCUGUAGGGAAAUUGCGCGGGGGAAACCAACGGAUCGCCUGCAACAAUAGAAAACACCAGCAUCAGAUGGGACUCUCGCGACGGGACAGGCUUUGAGUUCACAUUUAUUGAAUUAAGCUUAUCAUUUGAUUUCGGCGAAUGCAAGCAACCGGUCGCAACCGAGCAGCAGUGGCAGCAGGUCCUUGCAUCGUCACGACAAGUCAGUGCGAGCGAAAAGUUUGAGUCGAGAUUUCACCGUUGCGCCGAUAGGCAUUCGUGUACGGUGUUGGCUGAGGCAAACCCAUUUUCCCUCAAAGUGUUCCAUUGAUGGUUUGGAGCGAAUAAUAAGGUCCUUUGGUAGGCGCUGUGAAGGGUGGUAAUUAUAAACAAGGUGUUAAUAUUGAGAAGGAAUUUGAAAACAUCUUAAAAGUGCUUAUAAUGUUGGUGUAAAAAUCAAAUGAUGUGCUCGGUUCCUAUAAAAACGAAGUAAAAUUCAUUUACAAUUCUCUUCGAUCUAUUACUUGUGAUAGAAAUAGCAAUAAAAAUCGACCUUUCCACACGCCACCAAUUUUCGCGAAUGGGCCAAUAACCCAUCAUCAGCCAGGUGCGGUAAAACAUUGCGUUCAUACACAGUGACGACGUGAAAAUCGGCACAAUCCGUCGUUUUGUGGAGGCAAGUGCGUUGAGUGAGGGAAAAUUCAUGGAUAAUAAAAAUAAAUAACGCCGAAAAAAAAACACACACUAGGAAGCACACGGAAAACAAAACUGCACAUCAACAACCUUCAUCCAGCGGAAGAGGGCAAGGAAAAACGGUCGGGAAACUCAACUGACAGACAUUUCCACGCGUAAGUGAACGAACGAAAGGGAAGUGAGAAGAAAAAACACACCAAAUUCAGUGAAAACUACCGCAAAAAAGUACUCAACCGGAAGCAGAGCAGCAAGUACGCGCGGCCAGGCAGCGGCGAGAGCUGGAAAUUAAUAUUUAAUUUCAAUUCAACCAAACGAUCCCCGGGUGUUUGUGUGGGCCAGUGUGAGUGCGUGUGUGUAGGCGAGUGCUGGAGGUGUAUAUUUUUUCCGUUUAUCCAGUUUCGGCAGCGAAAAGGUGCGAAUUUGGUGUUUUCAUUGCGGGUGAUUCGAAGCGCGAAUCGAUGUUUACCUUUUUUGCGCUUUCACGUGGCAUGAAUUGAACCGUCCAUUCCAUCGUUCGAAAAUUCCCCCGCGCGAAGCGAUCAGUGAAAGUAUUAUUGCAAUCAGCAUUAUCAUCAUCCGCGUACGCAAUGGUGAAGAAAGCCGAGAGCGAAUAAAUCGAGCGAGUGCGCCUAGAAGGUAGGCAAUAUACGGAUAAUCGAUACUCGGGUGAAGUGUUUACCACGACUUGACUACGCCCUUGGGCAACGUGACUAAACGCUCCGCAGACAGGGCGUCUCCAUUGUCUCUUUUUUGUGGUGAAGCGUACAUUAAAAAGCCGUCAAAAUUUAUCCACACGAUAUGGACUACUCCUACCUUAACCAGGCGGCAGCUAGCUUUGAUUCUAGCUGCCUCCAGGGCGGUAUGGAUCCGACCGGGCUGGGCAAUAUGCCCUGCUCGUACGGGGACCUCACGUCCUGCAGCCAGAUGUCGCAGGCCGCCUAUCGCUACACGGCGGCCGCAGCGUCCAUGGCGCGGUCGUACAAUCCCGUCGGUACCGGGGUCGGACCGGGCAAUGUGACGAUGAGUGCGCUGCACCACGCAGCCGCCGCAGCCGGGCCCGGCUCGCAGUGCUCGGUAAUGGGUGGCCGGACACACCAGGACGUGCAUCGGGCCUCCAUGUUCCAGACAUCGAUGAAUUUGCAGUCUGGCCUCCCGUACAAGGUGUACGCCGGGCACGAUUCGGUGCUGGCGGAGAAGCGCAAGCAGCGCCGGAUACGAACGACCUUCACCUCGGCCCAGCUGAAAGAGCUCGAGCGAGCCUUCCAGGAGACACACUAUCCGGACAUCUACACGCGCGAGGAAAUAGCGAUGAAAAUCGAUCUGACGGAGGCCCGCGUACAGGUCUGGUUCCAGAACAGGCGGGCCAAGUUUCGCAAGCAGGAACGGAUCGCCCAGCAGAAGGUAUCCAGCAACAACAGCAGCAGCGGCAGCAGCAACAGCAGCAACAGCAGCAACGGCAGCACCAACAAUGCCGGCGCUAAUCAAGAUUCAUCGUCCGUGAAGAGCGAGCAGAAGUCGUCGGUGAACGGUGGCAGCACGACCCCGAAGGACAUCAAGCCGCCCGGCUCGCCCUGCCUGUCCGUCACCACCCUGUCCACCACGCCCAACUCGAGCGCCUCCUCCCACCAGUCGAACGGUGAUAUCAAACCAAUUAAUGGAAAACUGACAGACGAUCUGAACGGAGCGAGUCUUCACAACGGACCCAACCAUCAUCAUCUCGUGGUCAGCAAUGGUACGAGCAACGGCAGCACCAACAACAACAACAGCCACCAUCACCACAACAACAACAACAACAGCAUCAGCAACAACAAUAACAACAACAAGUGGAACCCGUCCUGCAAUCCGCUGCUGCAGAACCAGAAGGCAGCCAAUCAUCUGAGCAUGAAUCAUAACCUCCAGAACCAUCAUCACCAUGCGGUGGCUGCGCUGUCCUCGCCCUUCUCCUCGCUGCUCGGUGCGGCUGCCAGCGGUGGUGCGGCCGGCUAUCUGCUCGAUCCGCUCGGCGGACUGAACAAGACGACGGCCGCCAACCAUCUCUUCUAAGGCGGCGAGAGCGGCAGGCUUAAUUAGGGAAUGUUGGGAGCGUCGGUUGACCCCCCCGAAUUGAGUGGCGUUGAGCGGUAGAAGCGCUGUACGAUUGGAACACCUUAAUUUUUGCCCGCGAUUUCACGCCCACGGAACGUGAGCUGUCACUAAAAAUAAGUCCCCCCAGCGGUGGAAGGAAGUGCGGCUUCCGAUCCUCCGGGUGGAUUAAUUAAGCAAACGGUACAGCAUGUACGGUUUGAGGUUAAGGUCCUGGAGGGCACAGACAGGCACGGUGACGAGCGUCAGUCUGUCAUCGUCAGCGUAGGUGACAUUAAUCAAAAUGGGAAAAGAACAAGUAGAAUUAGGAAGGAGGUUUUGUAAAGCAGGUCGAAUGCCAGUGGAAGAAUGGUAAGGUUGCAGAAAGAAUGGACAUGAAGCGAUACGAUCUUGUAUACGGAGCAGCACGGGAAGAGUCGCUUUCCGUUUAGUGUAAGAUCGUUUUGUUGACCACGAGAUCACUUUUAUUCAGACAGAGUUGGUGAGGCUCAAGCAGCAGAAAUCAACCGUUUAAACUACUACUACUUUAGUACUUAGCGAGAAUUAGUGAAGAAGCGUAUUGUAAAUAGAGUCAGAACGCGCAACAGAGCGCAGGUGCGCCGCAGGUGUACGGGUAUGCGCCCAGGUUUACAUCAACGAUCUUACCACUACUACUAUUACUUACACUUAAUACCCAAAGAGUCGUGUAGGAAAUGGUGCGAAAUACGUGACAUUCUGCUGGAAGCGAUCCAAAAUGGUACGAUUGCGAAAAGUUUCACCCAGCCAAAAACUUUCGAUCGUCCGUAGAGGAAACCGUGUUCCGCGGCCCCUUAAAUUGUUGUACAGCUACAGUGUAGGACGUGAGAGGUAGAGUUCAGACUUCAGCUUUGUAGAGUUCACUAGAGGUAGCUUCCCUGUAAAUGCGUCACUGGAAGCUAUAAGGAGAUGUGUUUUUAGUUUCUCUUCUGUUUAGUGUUUGCAACUGGAAUCGCUCAGCCAGGACAGCUAGCAGUAGCAGAGGAAAUGGAAGAGAGCGUGACCUAAGAUAUCCCUAAAGAAAUAGUUGAAAUCAAGCAAAAUGUAAACCGAACCGAGCUCGUCCUCCGCCAAAUUGUACGAUAGGUCGAUGCUAAGAGUAAGUCAAAUAUACUAAGAAUCGGAUCAACAAAACAAACCGUGUAGAUCGACGCACGCAUACGCAAUCGACGCAGUGGCGGCGGCAGGUGAUUUGUUUGACGUGCCGAAAUGGACCGUCUGUCGAACGUCUGCUGCCGGAUGGUGGGAUGAUUACGGGACGGACACACGCACCCUGAACACAAUGUGUGGCCGGGCGGGAUGAGCAGGGACGAUUAUAUUUUAAGACGAUCAACUACACACGACCGGAAUUCGGGGGUCUAUUUUGGGCCUUGCCAGCUCAGGUGAUUGGAAAGAAUACUUUCGCUCUUUACGGAUUUGCUGUAGCCGCGUGUCAGCGCAGCAUUCUUCCAUCGAUGACGAAAUCGUAUCCAACGCGCGGCUUACUCACGCGGGACGCUUCUCGAGCGGUGAAGUUCAUCGUCCUUGGGGCGUGGAAAAUUCGGACCAAAACGGAGUAUCGCGUGAAUCCUGGGCAUCGCGACAGUGCAGUGACAGCAGGCAAUCGUGUGCUGUUGUCAAGACGCUACCGCUGUUUCCAUUUGCUGGCCACUUUCGCCUCUAGCGUAUUCAUCUCUAAAUUUAGCCCGUGGAUUGGGUUUUCGUGGACGUUUCCUCAAAGUCGUUGUCCACAGUAAGGCGGCAUAUGGGGUAGCAAAGGCGACAGGACGGAUGUUGUUUCACGCUGCAUUUUAUUGGACCACUUAAACCGGACGACCAUGCAUAACGGCUAAAUCGUGAGAUCUUUCUUUUGGGUCGUCCGUUUGGUUAAGCCUUGUUGGUAAAAUUUAUUCUCGUAGCGUCCCGUUUGAAGUUGGGAAACCCAUCCUCAACAAAUAAACGCGUCCAGAGCACGCAGGCCUUGCUUCCAAGCGAGGACGCUUGCACGAAAACAAACAAAGGAAAUGACCAUGGAGGUUGGAGGAUCGCUUUAAAUAAAAAAGCGACGCUCUUGACGCGUUUUGAUCGUAACCUUGAGAUCGUAACCCAGGGACGGUCGGUUGGGCGGCGGCCGAGGGUUGCGCGUUUGUUCUAAAAUUAGCUCCAAUUCUAAAGAGGUUAAGAGCUGCGGUCUAUUGGAGCAGGUUUUCCGGACCGAUUCGAAUGGAACGGUGAAGAUCGGUCAUAAAUGAGGUGGAAAAGUACGCGCUGCUCUCGAUCGUUGCAUGGCAUGAAAUGGAAUCGACACUAGGAGUUGGUGAGUGUGUGUUGCAAAGGUCAUCCCCGUGGAGGUUAGCUCAACAUUGCUCAACAGGUGAAUCAUGGUAGCGAGCUGGUUUGUCUGUUGUCUAUUUCCGUGUGGCGUUACAUUAGUCAGCUGCUAAUGUUGGGACGGUGACGGGUACGCAUUUCUGAGGACAUUCCAACGUAAUGAAGCUGCAUUCUCAUUAAACGCUGGCAACAGACCGUGCAAAGACGGGUAGCGAAUACCUCUCGGUAAUUGGUUUACGCCGAUGGAGGCAGAGAACACUGUAUUAAGUUCGCUAACCAUGGGUAGGGCAACAUCAGCACAAGGUGUAUAUCGAGAAGAAGGUGCUGUUGAAAGAUUGAAACCUUGCUUAUUGUCUCGCAGCAAGGGGCGUACGAAACGCACUGUAAACAAUCUCGGAAAAUGUGUGUGAUGCAUCGAACCGCGGCACUCUAGACGCGUGUUUGAAUGCACUUUUGGGGCUAGUGAGCCAAAAGGAUUGCAUCAUUGGUAUUGAAUUUGAUCGAAUAAACGGGUUUGGAUGAGCUAGCAUGUGCGAGAUUACUCUAGUACUCUCUACUCCUUUGAGUUGCUUAAC